GUUGCAGUCAUUUGUGCUGGUGUUUUAGGUCAGGCCGGUUAGGUGUGGAGCUCCUUCGUAAAACAGUACAAGGUGAACAUGGCCGACAAGACUGAGUACCGAUUCCUGGGCGGCAGUGGAUUGAAGGUGUCCAACAUCUGCCUGGGCACCAUGACGUUUGGAGAAAUGGGAGGUUGGCCAGGCCAGUGCGACGAGGCGGCCUCCCAUGCCAUCCUGGAUCGCUACGCGGAGCUGGGAGGAAACUUCCUUGACACAGCAGACAUUUAUGCAAUGGGCAAGUCUGAAGAAUACAUUGGCAGCUGGUUGGAGAAGCAGCAGCGAGAGAAGUUUAUUGUUGCCUCCAAAGUCCGGUUCAACACCAGCCGCUGGACUCAGGACAUCAACCGCUGGGGACUGAGCCGCCAUCACAUCAUGCAUUCCAUAGACGACAGUCUGCGCAGGCUCCGUACGGACUAUCUGGACCUGUACCAGAUCCACCUCUGGGACGAGGCUGUCCCCAUCGAAGAGACCCUGUCAGCUCUGAAUGACCUGGUGCGCGCAGGGAAGGUGCGUUACCUGGGCGCCAGUAACGUCAAAGGCUGGCAGUUGCAGAAGAUUGUUGAUCUUAGCAAGUACAUGGGACUCAACAAGUGGAUAUCUUUUCAGGCGGAGUACAGCCUGGUGUGCCGUGGAAUAGAGUGGGAGCUGACUGAUGUCUGCAGGCGGGAGGGUAUCGGUAUCAUCCCGUGGAGUCCACUCAAAGGAGGUCUGCUGACUGGGAAGUUCAAAAGAGAAGCCGCUGCGCCCGAGGGAAGCAGAAUCGCACACUCCACAAAGACUGGCCAUACCUUCGAGGCGGCUCCGGAUUUCGAGAAGGCCAAGAAAGAUGACAAGACCUGGAACGUCCUUGAUGUCAUGAAGAAGGUUGCCGAAGCACACGGCAAGACUGUGGCGCAGGUGGCAAUCCGCUGGCUGCUACAGAAGGACGUGGUGUCGUCUGUCAUCAUUGGCGCGAAAACUCUUCAGCAGCUGGAGGACAACAUGGGCGCCUCCACUGGCUGGGAGAUCACGGAGGAACAGAUGGCAGAACUCGACACUGUCAGUCAGAUGGAUGCAUUCUACCCCUACAACAUGAUCAAUUUUGCGAACAACGACAGGGUUAGGAAGAACAUGUGUCAGUAAACACGUGACACAGGACAUCACUCUGUAGAGUGUCUACCUGCUGUACAACCCAGCUUAGGUCGACAGCACGGUUCAGAAGCUUUUAUGAACGUCAACAGUGGUUUAUCAUACAUACUUGAUUUUGGAAUCCAGUUGCUUGAGUAACUGCUAUUUGGCAUGCCUUCUUACCUGGAUGUCUAACCUUAAUCGACGCAUUAUACAUUAUUGUUUGGAUGUAAUUGUUUGAGUCACCAUUCAGUCAACGAUUAUAGUGCAUCUUGCAAACUUUGAACACCAUGUUUUUAGUUCGUUCACGAGAGUUAUUAAUAUGUUGAUGUUCAUACGUGUUUCUUUGCUUGACGGAUGUAAUGCUAUCUUUCCUCGUGUUUAUACCGGGCAGCAUUCAUUAGUACGGAUGGCCAUUACUGAGGGGACUUGAUAUGCCUGCACUUGUCAAAAUAAAUAAAGAGAAAUCUCUCCAAAAGCA